CCACCUGUUCUUCCUUUUCAGCCAUUGUCGAUUUCGGCGAGAAAUAAGCGAUGGCGCAGCGUUUAACCCUCCGACGGCGCCUGUCGUACAACACCAACUCCAACCGACGGAGAAUCUCCAAGACUCCCGGCGGCAAGUUGGUGUAUCUUUACCUGAAGAAACCAGGGAGCGUCCCGAAGUGUGGUGAUUGCAAGCUAAAGCUGCGUGGCAUAACGCCUGCAAGGCCAAGGGAACUGUCUGCACUCAGCAAGCGCCACAAGACUGUCACGAGGACCUACGGCGGUUCCCGCUGUGGCAAGUGCGUCAGGAACAGGAUCAUCAGGGCUUUCCUCAUUGAAGAACAGAAGAUUGUGGCCAAGGUGUUGAAAGCAAAGCAGUCUGAGGAGCCAAAGAAGGCAUCGAAGAAGUGAAGUGUCAUGACAGAGGGAAAUACAUAAACCACUUGUAAACUGUC